AUGGCGACCACCUUGAGAGGUUGUGUAUUUGGCCUUCUCAAAAAUGCUGUUCCUCAGCAGAUCUGCAAAGAGCGUUGCACCCCUUGUGUUGGGGUUGGCACUGUUGCUAGGCAGCUUCAUCAAGGACACACGGUACAGCAGGCAGCGAUAGCAGAGCCAGUGUCACGUCCAGCUGGCCAGCAUGUAGUCACACUGAUCCCCGGGGAUGGAGUUGGGCCGGAACUGAUGGCAGGAGUCAGGGAAGUGUUCAAAGCAGCUGGUGUGCCUGUGAAGUUUGAGGAACUGUUUAUCAGCGAAGUGGCGCCCAACAACAGUGCUGAUCUUAACACUGUAGUGGAGUCAUUCAUGCGUAACAAGGUUGGCUUGAAAGGAAUCCUAACAUCACCUACUACUUUCAAAGGUGGCAUUCUGCAGACCUUGAACAUGAAACUCAGACGUCAGCUGGAUCUGUUUGCUAAUGUAGUGUGGGUGAGAAGCCUGCCAGGUUUCCCAACAAGACACAACAAUGUUGACUUUGUGAUUAUCCGUGAACAGAUGGAAGGGGAAUACAGUGCUCUGGAACAUGAGAGCGUGCCGGGUGUAGUAGAAUGCUUGAAGAUUGUGACGAGAGACAACUCCAUGCGUAUUGCCAAAUUUGCUUUCGAUUACGCAAUGAGACAUGGCCGUAAAAAAGUGACUGCAGUUCAUAAAGCCAACAUUAUGAAAUUAGGUGAUGGUUUGUUCUUGCAAUGUUGUGACGAAGUCUCCAAGCUAUACCCAAAGAUCAAAUAUGAGUCAAUGAUCAUCGAUAACUGUUGCAUGCAGCUGGUAUCCAAUCCCUACCAGUUUGAUGUGAUGGUGAUGCCAAACCUGUACGGAAAUAUUGUGGACAACCUGGCCGCUGGCCUUGUUGGCGGUGCUGGUGUGGUACCUGGCGAGAGCUACAGUGCCAGUGUAGCGGUUUUUGAGCAGGGUGCUCGUCAUGCUUUCGCUGAAGCCGUUGGUAAAAAUAUAGCCAAUCCUACGGCUACAUUACUGAGUGCUUGCAACAUGCUGAAGCACCUGCAUCUGGAAUAUCACGCAACGGUGAUAGAUAAUGCAAUCAUCAAAGUUAUCAAAGGAGGAAAGGUGAAGACACAAGACAUGGGUGGUUACUCAGGCACCUCAGACUUCAUCAAUGCAGUGGUUCACAACCUGCAAUGA